AUGUCUGACGACGAAGCCACCGCCACCACAACCACUACCUCCGCCGUCACCUUCACCCCAAACACCUUAGAUAAAAUCCAAUCCGCUCUCCAAUCCCUUUGCACCAUCGUCAAUCCAACACUCUCCAUUACCUCAUCAACCACCCCUCUCUCUAUCCUCAACGAACCCGAAAUCUACAACCAAAUCGCCACCCUCCUCCGCCAACCCAACUCCGGCGCCGGUGACAACAAUCUUUGUCGUUGGCUCUACGACACUUUCCAAUCAAAUAUCACUGAUCUCCAACUCACCGUCCUACGUUUCCUCCCGAUUAUCGCCGGUGUUUACCUCUCACGCGUCGCUGAUAGAAAACCGCAAGCCGGGUUUGAAGCUGUUCUUUUAGCUCUCUACGCGCAUGAAACAACGUCACGCGCUGGUGAAGCCGUUACCAUUACUAUCCCUGACAUGACACACCCUAGCGUGUAUCAUGAAUCCAAAGUAGUAAACAAUAAAAACAGUGCAACUGAUCUAAACAUCGUUGUUUUAUCGCCUUCGCUUGAGCCACACGGCACUGUUCGGUCAACACGAAGAGCUCGAAUCGUAGGCAUUGCAUUCGAGUUGUUUUACAGCAAAAUAUCUGAAAUGCCUGUUUCACCAAAAAUUGAUUUUUGUAACUUUUGUAAGAUUUGGGCUGGUGAAGAUGGUGACAUGUAUAAGAAUUUCGAAGAUGAAGAUGAAGAUGAUGAAGAAGAAGACGAAGAAGAAGAAAAUAAUGAAGUUGAAAUAGAUAAAGAAGGUGAAGAGUUUGUUAAGACGGGUAGGGUUCCAAUGCCAUGGGAAUUGUUACAACCAGUUUUGAGAAUAUUGGGACAUUGUUUGUUGGGACCAAAUAACAAGGAUACAAUGUUGUUUGAGAAAGCAAGUGAAGCAUGUAGGUGUUUGUUUGCUAGGGCAAUGCAUGAUGUUAACCCUAAAGCUAUUUUACCUAUGAGGAGCUUGUUGAGACUUUCUAAAAAUGUUGUUGUUGAUGAUUUUGAUCCAACUGAACCACCCAAGACUGAUGUUAUCACUCUUUAGUACUUUAUGGUGUUUUGAUUUUUUAUUCUUUUCUUUGUUUUUUUUUCUUCAUUGAGAAAAUAAUGUCCUAGCCAACUUGAAGGAGAAUCUGUGUGAUAGAGGGGCAC